GAAGAAAAUUAUUCGAGUAGCAGAUUAUUUACAAGUAAAAUUCACAACUUUGGAAAUCUACCUGAACCAAGAAAUGCAACAGAAGUGUUUCAUAGUAAAUUGUAUGAUUUUAACAUUCCUAACAAUAGUGAUAGUGAAAAAUUACCCGAAGAAUUUAUAAAGUUACAAGUAAAUUCAAGUGAAAUAAUUCAACAACAAAUGGAAAGGAAAGAUAUUGAUAUUGAUGAUGGUGAAAAAGUAAUAAUUCAACAAAAAAUGAAAAGACAAAAUAUUGGUGAUAUUGAUGAUGAUGAAGUACAAGAUGAAUUGGAAAUUCCUGAUGGUAAGUUCUCACAUAAAUAA